CCCACUGUUUACACAUUAUUUGCUUGGUUGAAGUGUUGUGGUUUGUUUAUAGAUAGUGUUUGCGCUGUGGAAAUUGAUAUGUCCUACGUCAUUGAACUCACCAUAUCUAUGCUGACGCUUCUUGAAUGCACCACUCUGUGCCGUGUGCUGCUAGUCUGCCUUGUAGCUGCUGAUAGCCAGCAUUGCUCCUUGUGUCCUCUCAUCAGCAUUUCGUGGGUUUUGGUUUAUUGCUGUGUGUGAAUGCCAGAAGACCACAGCUGAAUAAAUCUCCUAAACUUGGAAGCUGCCUCCGUGUUCUUUAACUGGAACACACCCACCAUACCUUGCCGCUCUAAAUCAAAUCAGCUAAACUCCCGGAGACAACAUUCUCUCCAUUUUAUGGUCCUUCGAGCCGGAUUAGAGUACUGAUUAAGGUAUGGAACAGACAGAUGUCCAGGCUGACUCAGCACCCCCACGUGUUUCGCAGAGACAGCGACGGCCACCUGCUUACCUGACCGAUUAUGAGGUUUCAACACUCCCUCUUGAGGGACAAACUCAAACCGAGCAACCGGCUAUUGCUUCCCAGUGUUCACAUAGUGGUAAAAUACGCUCAUCCCAGAGGAGUUCCAGCUCCAGAUCCACAAGGGCAUCACGCUCGUCGAUAGGCAGAUUCCCUUCCCACGCCUUAUCAGACCUGGAAACAGCCCAGCUUGAAGAGCGAGUAAAGCAGAUGGAACUUGAGGAAUUCCAACAGCACCUAGAAGAGGAUCAACAAGUCGAAUAUGAAUGUCAACGACUUCAAGCUCAAGCCAGAGAGGCCCAGCAGCUACAGGAAGAAGCCAUUAGAACCCAAGAGUCAUUGAGCAGACAGCUGGAGAGGCGACGACAGCUAAAGAAGAGGGUAAACGAGUUGGAGAUAGCCAAGAUGGUUACUUCUCUCCUUAAAGAGAAGGCACAAGAACCCAGUGGUUCCAGAGUCUCACCAUGCCCAUCGGAGAAUAGUAAUUCGAGCACCCAUGCAGCUCUACCUUCAGUCGGUCCCGUGGGUCAGCCUCCUGUACCGCUAGUCGCUCCACCCUCAGCACUUACUGUGGCUCAGCCUCCAGCGCCCGUGGUAGCUCCACCUCGAGUAACCAUGGCCUUGCAUCCAUUGCAUACUGUUCCAGCUGGACCUCGGUCUACUACCUUUGCACCUGAUAUCUCUUACCAGGCAUCUACUCCAUUCUCAGUUCAGCCAUCGCAGUACGCUCGUGCAGCCUGCACUAACCCUGCCGAAGCAGAGUUAUCUUGCACUCCCACCCGGACUAAGUCCGAGCUGCAUCAACUACUGACAGCUAAUGCGUACCCUUUCCUCGCCACAGGUUAUGGCAUUCCCAAACCUAUGAUUCCCUCCUUUGAGAGUGGCCGUGAAAGUGACUUUGCCUUAUUGAAAAUGGCCCUUGACAACCUGUUGAACAGUCAUCCACACCUGAAUGAGCAGUAUAAAUAUCAAGUGCUGCUUGGGCACCUACGGCUACCUAGUGCAAUCCAGCUGGCUAAGGCAUACAUGCACGACCCAACAGCCAUGCACGCCCUGCAGGACAAGUAUGGGCAACCCCGUCAGCUCGUCCAAAGCGAAUUGGGCAUAAUUCUGAAUGCUCCAGCUAUCAAAUUCGGCGACGCAGAAGCCUUUGAUGCAUUUGCCUUGUCUAUCCAAUCUCUAGUAGGGAUGCUUAGGACACUGGAGGGCCAGAACAGCUUUGAGCUAAGAUGUGGGUCUCAUGUCGACUACUGAGUAAGAUGCCACCCAGUUAUCGCGAUGGGUUUGUAGAGCAUUGCCUGAACCAAGGCAUUCUUCGGACAGGUACUGACCAAACCUAUACCCUGCCUGAUCUGAGUUCCUGGCUGCAGAUGAAAUCCCAAGCGAAGCGCAUCGCAGGUAGAGCUGCUUCACUCUAUAGUCUUGAAGCUUAUAAGCCGACAAAGAAAGACCAGCGUCUUUCCAAUAAACCAAAGGAGAAAUCUACAGCCUUCUUCCUGACUUCCCGGGAAACCCCCAGCGCAGAAGGGAGUUCUUUCUGACCAAAGACUUCAUCCAGACAAAAACCAUACUGUCCGUGCUGCGAGAAUAAGGAGCAUUUCCUGAACACUUGUGUAGAGUUUAAGAAACUGACCACCGACCAGAUGGUGAGGUGGUUAACUGAUGAACAGCGGUGCUGGAAAUGUGGAAGAACUCACCAGCCGGAGGUUUGCACCCUCAAACGACUUUGUAAUACCUGCAGAGAGCAACACCUGACUGUACUGCAUGAUGCUGUCCAGCAG